CCUGAAGAAAUCUAAGGAUUACUCGGGCAUGAUCGGGAGAUGGGCAACAGUCAGAGCAUGGACUUUGAUAUUCGUCACCGAAAACAAGAAAGGCACGGGAAUGCGGACGGAUUGACACGACUGCACCGACCUGAGAAGGUUCCGAAGAAUGAGGAGGUGAUUCCGUGGAACGAACCAAAGAAGGAGAACGGACCUCGAUACGGCCAAGUGGAGAUCCUGUCAAAGGAUACGGGUAACGUGAACGCGGACCAGCGAGCAUCCCGCGUGGCUCGAAAAUCUGGAAUUGCUGACCAUACAAGCUUUAACGUGGAGGGUGAUCUCCUCGGUUUUCUCUUCGGAUCGGUGCGGCCGGGACAUCGCCAGCUAAUCGCUCAAGAACUCAUCGCGCCGAUCGUGCAACUGGAGGACGAUCUCUCUCCUGACAUCGUUUCGCAAAGCGACGACAGCCCCGCUCCGCACAUACUCACGCGAACGUUGGAUCCGUAUCUUCAGUGGAGUGCAUGCUUGGAAGAGCCUGGGGAUGAAGACUCUCUAUCGUCGCGGCUGGAGUAUCUGAAGCCAUACGACAUCAUCAAUCACGCUUUCUAUCCGAAGGCGGAGGAGGUGGUGAUAGAAGAAGAGGAAAGUGACGACAACGAGGAAACAUCGGAAGAGGGAAGCUAUAGCGAGUAUAGCGAGGGCGAGCAGAGCGAAGAAGAAGAAGAAGAAGAAGAAGAAGAAACCGGGUCUGAGUGGGAAGCCUUGUCGGAGGAAGCGACGCGUACUGGCACGGAGGCGAAAGAUCCUGAGGCAGCACGCAAGCGAGAAGAAAUUUCCACCGGGAAACGCCAGCUGGAGUUCGCCAACGGAGCAAGCCUGCGCAUCAGUGACGAUCCAACCAGGGAUCCGGAGCCGCCGAAGCCCGAAGAUGGCGACCCAGCAGCCGCCACCCCAAGCACCUCACGGCGGAGACGGAGCCGAUCCUCCUCCCCCUCCAGCCCCACCCGUCCCCCAGUUCGUCCAUGUACCGAUGCGGGGGAUAGGCCUUCGUCCUCGGACGUUAUCUCGCCGCCCCCUUGAUUACCUCACCCUCGAGCAAAUCCGCACCCCCAUCAC